AUGACUACAUUAACUGAUUCAAAUAUAUCAAUUCUUGAUCGUAUUGAUUAUAUAUCAAAUCGUUUAAUUCUUAUGUCAUUAAAUAUUCAUAUAGAAUUAAAUGAUGGUCGUUUUUCUUUCUCACGUUUAAAUGAAAUUCGAAAACAUUCUGAUCUUAGUCUAGUAUCAUCAUCGUUUUCUAAUACAUUAAUUGAUGAAUUACUUGCAUGUAUAGAAUAUUAUUGUCAUCAAAUUAAUGAAUUAACAGAUUUAUUACAUUUAAUUCUUAAAUCAUUAGAAUCGAAUAUGAAUUUUAAUCAAAUUAUUGAUGAUCUAUCGAAAGGUUCUCAAUUAUGUUUAGAUGUUAUUAAAACUUAUCAUUUAGAACGAAUUCAAGCUGUUCAAUCAAUGUUAUCAAGUCCAUUUCGUGAAGAUGCUUGGUAUACAGUAUAUGAAAUUGAUUCAAAUAUAUUUGGUAAAUGUCGAAUAAUUUUAAUACGUUUACGAAUGUAUUUUCUUCUAAUGCAUCAAAUGCUUACAAAUGAUAUUAAUCAUGAAAUAAAACCUAAAAUUCAAACUUCAAGUUUACAUUCAUUAAUAAAUAAUAAUAAAAAACAACAAGAAUCAAAUUUAUCAAUAUCGAAUAAUUUUAAACGUAAAAAAAUUCUAGAUUUCAAAGUGUAA